UCAUCUUUCUUCACAUCCAUCCAGACUACAGGCGUGGGUCUGAUUCCAUACCAGAGGGGCUCAGGAUGCUGUUGCUGCGAGCUGUUCUACUGUUCCUCAUCCUGCCCAGUCAUGCCGAGAACACCCCAACGGAAGGCCCAGGAGUCCCCAUUCUCUUACCCAAGGGAACCUGUGCAGGUUGGAUGGCUGGCAUCCCAGGGCAUCCUGGCCACAAUGGAACCCCAGGCCGAGAUGGCAGAGAUGGCAGCCCUGGCGAGAAGGGUGAGAAAGGAGAUGCGGGUCUUGUUGGUCCUAAGGGAGAGACUGGUGAAACGGGAGUGACAGGGGCUGAAGGUCCCCGGGGCUUUCCAGGAAUCCCAGGGAGGAAGGGAGAGCCUGGAGAAGGUGCUUAUGUUUACCGAUCAGCCUUCAGUGUGGGGCUGGAGAACCGAGUCACUGUCCCCAAUGUUCCCAUUCGUUUUACCAAGAUCUUCUACAAUCAGCAAAACCACUAUGAUGGCACCACCGGGAAAUUCCACUGCAACAUUCCAGGGCUGUAUUAUUUCUCCUACCACAUCACGGUCUACAUGAAGGAUGUGAAGGUGAGCCUCUUCAAGAAUGACAAGGCCAUGCUCUUCACCUAUGAUCAGUACCAGGACAAGAAUGUGGACCAGGCCUCUGGCUCCGUGCUCCUGCAUCUGGAGGUGGGCGACCAAGUAUGGCUCCAGGUAUAUGGGGAUGGAGACCAUAAUGGACUCUAUGCAGAUAAUGUCAAUGACUCCACCUUCACAGGCUUCCUCCUUUAUUAUGAUACCAACUGAUCAGCACUAACUCAGAGCUUCUGCGCUGCCAAAGAGCUCAGGAGCCCAUCAAAGAGCAGUCAACAGCCUUUCAACAGAGAUUAAGGGACUGAUUUUACUGUCUAGGUUGAGGGUUCUGAGCACCAUUCAUUCAUUCAUUCAUUUAUCAAAUGUCUUUUUACAAAAAUCAUGUAUGUUGUAUCUAGUCCUCAAGAAGACAUCUUUCUUGGUAUUAAGAAUCUCUUCUGUAAUAGUAGUAACAGGAUAAAAAUAUGUUGUUUUGUGAUAUGCUUGGGAUUGUCUCUUGGGAGAUAACUGCUAGAGGAAAGCUCUUCAGAGAUUUAGUGAGUUGCAUUUUUAUAAAUGUAUGGAUGGAAAGCCUUUUUCUUGCUUCCACUUUCAAUUUUUUGAUGAUUCUAUUUUAUAUGUAUAUUGCUAUUCAUUGAUUACUAAUUCUAUGUAUAAAGCUUUGUCUUUUAAAGUGACAAUAUCAUUAUUUUCUACAGGUAAAGACACUAUGCCAAAUUAAAGAUAAAUGAAUUUGCUA